AUGAAGAGACUUCAGAAGUCCCCAUUCUCCCGCCAGUUUAUCCGGAAUAUAACCGGCAAACCAACUCUACAAAAUAGUAGCACUGCCACCAGCAAUAAGCCACCAGCAUAUGAGCCUGAUUUCUCCAUCACCCAAACAACAUACUCUUACCAACUUCCCGUUGCCAAUGAAUUAGAAUCAGAUAUUAGAGUAUCUGCAUCCCCUAUUUCUUUGUUAUUUGAGUACACAGGUGUGGAAACUUCCACGGCCAACUAUAGCAAAAACCAAGAGGCGUUUGAAACUUACCCAUUGACCACUUUCAAAAAGCUUUCAGCAAAAUAUGCCAACCUUAUAAAGAAACAACAGGAAAUUUCUCGCAGAUCAAAUGCUCAAAUUGCUAUUGAGCGUCCAAGAAACCUCAAACUCACUUGUAAAGACUUUAUUGAUGAUUCGCUAUACAAUCCAUCUUAUGGGUACUUCAAUAAAGACGUUGAGAUUUUCCAUCUUGACAAACCAUUUGACUACCGUGGGAUAGCUUCUACUGACGAGUUCAUUGAUGUUUGGAUGGAACAUUAUCUGAAAUAUAACCAGCAUAGAUCUAAUGGUUUGCAACUUUGGCACACUCCAUCGGAGCUUUUCCAGCCGUAUUACGGUCAAGCAGUGGCUAAUUUCAUGGUUAAUCAAUACAAAUCAAAGAUUCAACCAAAAGGAAAAAAUAUGGUGAUCUAUGAAAUCGGGGCAGGUAAUGGGACAUUGAUGCAGAAUGUAUUGGAUCACUUGAAGGCCACUGAGCCGGAGAUUUACGAGAAUGUUGAAUAUAGAAUCAUCGAAAUCAGUAAUAAGUUGUACCACAAACAAGUUAGCAAUAAAGUGCACGAGUCGAAAAUCAAAUUGAUCAAUAAGGAUAUUUUCCAAUGGAAUGAAUUGGUUGAGGACGAAGUUUUCUUUUUGGCGUUUGAGGUGUUUGACAAUUUUGCUCAUGACGUGCUUAAAUAUAACAUCCGUACCAAGUUGCCUUACCAAGGUUAUGUGGUGAUUGAUAAACAUAAUGAAUUUAAAGAAUUCUUUAAUCCAAAAUUGGACUACUGGACCCAUUUUUUCUUGGACCUCCGAUCAAAAACUUCUUACCAACAGAAACUUGAUUCUCGAUUCGCGGUGCAAAAAUGGCUCGAUCCUAAAUCCCCAGCCGAUGAACUCGAAGAAUUGAACGAAUUCCGCAACUAUUGCUGGCCAUUCCGCAACAAGCUCACAUGGUCCCUGGAGUUCAUUCCGACAAAAUUGUUGGAGUUCUUUACCAUCUUGAACAAGUAUUUCCCUAAUCACCAUUUGCUUGCGACUGAUUUCAGCCGUUUCGAUGGCGCGGUCGAGCCAAGUUACAAUGGACCGGUGGUACAAACGUUGUUUUUAGCCAAUGAUAAAUUGGAGAACGAUACCAGAAUCGCUAAACCUCGUGCCCCAAAUCCAAUGGCCACCUCGGUGGUAAACAAAAAAGAUGGUGAUGACAAGGUAGACAAGAAGCUCGAGUACAAAGUUUCGUUGAUUCCAAAGGACAAGAUGGUGAAUACGUCAACCUACAUGGUUCACCAGGGAUAUUUCGAUAUUAUGUUCCCUACUAACUUUCCAUUGGUCACAGAAUUGUAUGAGUUAGUUACCGGUAAAAAGGCAAGUCAUUGUGGACAUGGAAAUUUCUUGCAACAGCAUAGUAAAAACUUAGACAUGACAACUUGUAAAAAUGGAGAGAACCCAAUGUUGGAAUUUUAUAAGAAUGUCGAAUUCAUGUACACUAAGUGA